AUGGCAUCAAAAAACAUCGGAAGAAAACGAAUAGGAUCAAGCAAUGACAACAACAAUGGAGGGAUAUUAAGCAGAGUUACAACAACAGUUACAAACUCACCCAUCUACCAAAAAACCCAGCAAACUGCUAGCAAUGCAGCAAACAGUACAAAGAAGCUGCUUAAGAGCACUGGUAAAGCUGCUUGGAUAGUUGGCACAACACUCCUUGUCCUCGCUCUUCCUCUCAUCAUCGAGCUCGAGCGCGAUGCUCAGUUGGAUGCUUUGGAGCUUCAGCAGGCUAGCCUUCUUGGCACCCCUCCUCCUGCUGCCCCCAAUUCUUAUUAG